GAGAGAGAGACCUGUUACUAUCGUGCUCCAUUGCUCGUUGGCAUUUGUCUCCAUCUGUAGAACUGAACGAACCGUCGGAUGAGCAACUUGAUCCUCUGAGAGAAAACACCGUUGCAGCCAUGGAGUGCCUCAAAGACUGCUGCAAGAAGUUCACCAAGAAGAAGGGGAGGGAGUACGACGCUCAAGUGAUCGCGCUGAAGAUGCCUCCGAAGGCAUCGGGGUGUGAGCCGGAUGGAGGGAGGAGGGGGGUCACAGAAGACUACCUCCUGUCCAAGCUGCCCCCGGACGGCAGGGACGUGCCGUUCGUCCUGCCGACCUUCAAGGCCUCGUACAUCCAGCCCAGGGGCUCCUCCAAUGUGCAGUCUGGUCCGCAGAGUUCAGCCCGGUGUACGUACGCAGAGAGGAAAGCAGAGCUGCUGGGCUCCAGUCAGUUCUCCUACAGCCCCGAGUCGGGCCUCCAUCAGUCCAUCUCCCCCGGACCGACCCUGAAGAACAGAGACCCCGGGACCCAAAGUCCAGGUUGGACUCUGAAUGCGGGCGGCGAGCAGCGACUCAGCAGCUCCUUGUUUGAUCUGUCCAGCCCUCAAAUUCACAUGCAGCGCUUCGACUCCGUCACCAGCAUCCUCAGCAGCACGUCCUCCAUGAUUGGCUCCAUUGAAAGCAGCCUUGACUCCAUCACCCUGUCUGGGGACGAGCGUGACUUGGGGAAGGUGUGCGUCCGAGUGAACUACCAGGAGGCUCUGGAGCAGGUGUGGAUCACCGUGGUCCAGUGUUCGGACCUCAACCUGCUUCCGGACGGAGUGGAACAUAAGAUUGGAUUUAAAGGGAUCAUCACCAUCCCCAAACCGAUACAUUUCAAGAGCUCGAUAAAGGACUACAGUCAGGACGUGAUCUUCAUGGAGACCUUCGUGUUCGCGCUGCACCUGCAGCAGCUGCGCUGCAGCGCUCUGGUGUUGCGGCUGCAGACGCACAACCCCAAGAAGCGCACGGUGGCCGAGUGCGUCCUCUCCCUGCGGCAGCUCGGCACUCAGGAGACGGAGCACUGGCUGGAGCUCAACCCUCCGUCCAAAUCCUCCGUGUGCCACGCUGAGUUGCAGCUCACCACCUGUUUUCAGCCGGUCAACGGACGCAUCCAGGUCCAGGUCCUCGCCGCCCAGAACCUCCCGACAUCCUCCUCACCACUCACCCAAGCCUUUUUCGUCAAAGUGGAGAUGCACCAGUGGGGGCAGGUGGUGAUGAAGAAGAAGACCCGCGUCCUGAAGGCCUCGGGGGGGCAGUGCAAGUGGCCGGAGACUUUCCACUUCCACUUGGCCUCGUUGGACCACGCCUACUCGCUGUCAGUCAAGCUCUACAACCGGAGUUCGGUGAGGAGGAAACAGUGUCUCGGACAGGUCCUGCUGGGAUUCGACAGCCCCGUCCCAGAAGCAGCGGGCCAGUGGCGGGACACCAUGGCUCACCCAGAGAAGGUGGUGUGUGCGUGGCACCGGCUGAGCGCCUGAUCCUCCUCUCCUUCCGUUCUGCUUGGCGCUCGACGGGCGGCGGCCUCGUGCGCCUGCAGCUCGAGCCGGACUGAAAACUCCCGAACGUGCUCUGGACGUCAGAUUGCCACAGUUCAGGUGCUCGGUUGUAAAUAUGGGGGUUUUGAACAAAGUGUAAUCGCUGGAAGUUUCUGGGGUUGUUUUUUGUCGUUGUUUGAUGGACAAAAGUUAACAAAAGUCAGCUUCGUAGCGUUUCGCUGUACAUGAGGCUGCAUUUUAGAACUCACGUGCUUUCUUUGAGGAAAAGCUUUUGUCACUUUCAACUAGGUAGAACGUUUACAAGUAGAGAAAGUCACCGUAGAGCCAAACUCUAUAAUUAUCCCAUCUUAAAGGAUAAGGCUGAGGAUAACCUGUGCUUCUCUUAUUGUCAACAAACCAAAAGAAACAAACAAAGAUAAAAACUAGCACUUAAUUCCUUUUGUGGGUGCUUUUUUCCGCUGAAGUUGUAAUUCUUUAAAUACUAGUCUACUUAAAGGUGCUUUAAUUUUCUGAAACACCAUGGGCACUGUAGUGUUCAGCAAACAUCAACUUAAACGUGUAAUAACUGAAUGCGGAGACAAGUCGUGAACACAAUAUUAUCUUCUUUUAACCCUCCUGUUACCUUUACAUUUACUAACAUAUUUUACCCUCGGGGUCAAUUUGACCCCAGCAAUUAAAACCUCCAGAAAAUUAUUAGAAUUAAUAUUGUUUCCCAAGUUUAAGUGUGAGGUACUUUAUGUUUGUUUGUUGACUACCUAAAUAGCCCUUUAAAUAUAUAAAAAAAGUGUAUAUUUCUUAUAUGUUUGACACAGUGAAAAACAGCCUGGGGUCAAAUUGACCCUAAAGGUAACAGGAGGGUUAAGUUGAUACGGCAAACAUUUGUAAAGUCCAAUAUUGAAUCUCUUUUCUUUAGCUUUGUUUUUCGGCGAAGGGAUAAAUCUGACUCUCAAACUGUCUCAACCGCGUCUUUCUGCUGUUCAGUGCCGAGACGAUUGUGUGCAAUUGGUUUUCAGGGCAUAUUAUCUCAAUAAAACAAACGGCACUUCAUAAAAGCAGUCUAUUUAUCAUUUGUAGCCGCUUUAAACAGGAGUAAAUAGUGUAUUUUCAGGGACUAUUUUCAUUUGCGGAUUAAGACACAUUUGGUCUGCUGGUGAGUGAUGUGUUGUAAUAGUUUUUGGACAACAAUGAAUUUAGGAGUCGGCGAUAAGACUGUAGGAGAAUCAGUUCCUUGUUGUUGUUUUGGUCUUUUCCUGGUAUUUGUUGACAAUAAGAUAAAUAUAAAUAUCACUCGAUCCUUUAUUUCCCACCGUGUUACAGUAGAAUACGACAGUAUCAAACCGCAGCUGUACGCUUUUGAUGAAAGCACUUUAUUUUUUGUAUGUAUUUAAUGUAUAAUUGUUGAAGGUUUAGUGAAUAAAAGUAGAUGUCGUUUGAAAACGUCA